AUGGCAACAACUCGAGCAGCUUUCUCCCGUAGAGCUGAACUCUCUCCUGGUUCGAGAGGUUUGGGAGAUCUGAAAAACGACGCAGCCGGGUCACUGAUCAUGAACAGGAAACACUCCUCGUGGUACCAACAAGACACGCACAAUCGCACAGCCCAGCAGCAACCUUUUGGACAACGUAAAGUGCCACAGGCUGGACAGUCCUCAUACGUGCCCGACAAGAGAGGUGCAAAAACUCAGACUCAAUUGCCGCCGCGAAAUUCAAGCCUCAAACGAAAGCGAAAGGAUGCCAUCGAAGACGCUACGCCGAUAGUCGGACAUAAGAAGCGAUCACAAGCGUUGCUGGCAUCGGAUACGGAAGGGAGAAACGUGGAGGUUUCAGCUGUGGAAGAAUCUGAUCCAAUAGAGUAUUGGAGAAGAGAAGGACGGUGGCCUCGGCAGCUCUUUGAAAUCGACGACAAGACACGCGCAUAUAUCGCACGCGACCUGAAUGAGGAGCGCUGGCUGAGGGACUUCUUCAUACCGAAUAUGGAACAAGCAAAGCACGGUUUGGGCCAUAUACCAUCUAUUCUCGCAAGGGAGCGGUCGAGCUCUUCUGUGCGGCGCAAGAAGUCAGAUGCUGGCUCAUCAGCUGAUACUUCGACUCCCAGCGACCAGAAGCCACGAGAGUCGAAGAGUUCCGUUUAUAUACAUCCGGGUUUUCCAACGCUUCUCCAAACAUAUGGGAGUUUCCUGAAGAAGGACCGGGAAGGUAUAGCGAAAGAAAGCAAAGCAACUUGCCAAUCUCUCUUCGAGGCUGUCCAGCCAUGUCCUGUGGACAGCCUGUUUAGUGAUGACUUGUUUGAAAGUACGUGCGAGGAGGUGCAGGACAGGAACGAAGCGAAGGUCAUUCAAGACAUUGCUCGUCUUAUUGUACCAUCUGCCCGUCAUCUCGCUAUUCAUGGCGCGAAACACCUGGAUUGUUUGACCGAGAGCGUUAACGAAGGCUGGAAUAACUCGAUCCCCCUUCUGAAGCCCCGCCCUCAACCGGACUACGCGGUAGGGUUCGGCCGGUCGGCGUUUACGGAUGAACAGCUAGCGAGGCUGGCGCCGUUUAUAGGAAAGCUAACGGAUACAUCGAUGUUUAUAGCGACUUUCUACAUGUAUUUCCCGUUCCUAACAUGCGAGGUUAAGUGCGGCGCUGCAGCGCUAGAUAUUGCUGACCGGCAGAACGCACAUAGUAUGACACUAGCGGUGCGCGGUAUAGUUGAGCUCUUCCGGCUAGUUAAACGUGAAAAGGAGCUUAACCGGCAGAUUCUAGCCUUCUCGGUAUCGCAUGACCAUCGGAACGUUCGUAUCUAUGGGCACUAUCCAGUAAUCAAGGGGGAUAAAACAUCCUUCUACCGGCAUCCUAUUCAUGAAUUUAGUUUUGUAGCCCUUGAUGGAAAAGAGAAAUGGACGACAUAUAAGUUUACUAAGAACGUCUAUGACGUCUGGAUGCCCGAGCAUUUAAAGCGAAUAUGCUCGGUCAUCGAUAAGAUACCAGCAGACGUGAGCUUCGAGAUGUCGCAGCAAAGCGAUCUUCAAUUCCAGGACACUGGCCUUUCCCAGGACCUCGAGAGCUAUUCUGUCGCACAAUCUACAGAAGAUUCUACUUCGCUGCAAGGAGGGGCCAGCAAGGCCAGUGUUUCCAAUGCAGAAAAUAAUACACCAGACACAUCCGUGUCACAAUCCGGGCCUUUCAAGAAGCCGAGAAAGAGGCGCAUGUAA